GUUUCUGCCUUCCCUGUCUUGUCUAUAGUCAUCGAAAGAUUGAGAUCAAGACCGAAAGCAUGGCUGACCUGAAGCAACUCAUGGACAAUGAAGUAUUGAUGGCCUUUUCCACCUACGCAACCAUCAUUCUUACCAAGAUGAUGCUCAUGAGCUUUGUAACGGCCUUGAAGAGGAUAAACAACAAGGUUUUUGCCAACCCAGAAGACUGUGUUGCCUUUGCCAAGGGAGAGAAUGCCAAGAAGUUUCUUCAGGUUGAUGAAAGGGUGGAACGUGUACGAAGAGCCCACCUGAACGACAUUGAAAACAUCAUUCCCUUUUUCGGCAUUGGCCUUCUGUACUCCCUGAGUGGCCCAGAUCUCUCUACAGCCCUCAUGCACUUCAGACUCUUUGUCGGCGCUCGGCUCUACCAUACUGUUGCCUACUUGACUCCCCUUCCUCAGCCAAACAGGGGUGUGUCAUUUUUCAUUGGCUAUGGAGUCACUCUGUCAAUGGCUUACAGGCUGCUAAAGAGUAGAUUAUACCUGUAAAGAGAAUUGUGAUUCUCAUCAUCUCAUU